UACAAAAUUACCGCAACAGAUUUCUGUCCUCUCCAGGAAGAAACCAAGGAAGAGGAACGUGUUACUGCCUUGAAGAAAAUACUGAACUCUGGGAUGUUCUAUUUCUCCUGGCCUAAUGCAGGCUCAAACUUAGACUUGACUGUCCGGGCUCAGAAGCAGGGUGAUAACCACUAUGAAUCCGGUAACUCGUUCUUCUGGAACCAGCUGCUGCACGUGCCCUUCGAACAUUAUCAGGUGAACUGCUCCGACUGGCUGCUGAAAGUCAUCUGUGGUGUAGUGGACAUCCGCACUGUGUACGCUUCCCACCAGAAGGCAAAAGCCUGCCUCAUAUCCCGCUUCAGCUGGGAGAGAGCUGGCGCCGGCUUCCACAUUCGAGGCGUCAAUGACGAUGGGCACGUGUCCAACUUCGUUGAGACGGAGCAGACAAUUUACUUGGACGAUGCUGCCUCUUCCUUUGUGCAGAUCAGAGGCUCUGUUCCACUGUUUUGGGAGCAACCAGGGCUUCAGGUGGGAUCUCGUCAUCUGAGGCUUAACAGAGGUCUGGAAGCUAAUGCUCCUGCGUUUGACAGGCAUAUGAUGCUUCUGAAAGAGCAGUAUGGAAAGCAAGUGAUCAUUAACCUGUUGGGAAGCAGAGGAGGAGAAGAGGUGCUCAACAAAGCUUUCAAGAAAUUGCUAUGGGCCUCUUCCCAUGCAAAAGACACUCCCAUGAUAAACUUUGACUACCACCAAUUGGCCAAACGUGGGAAAACUGAGAAGCUGGAAAACUUACUGAGGCCUCAACUGAAGUUGCACUGGGAAGACUUUGGAAUCUUCACAAAGGGCAAGAAUGUAAGUCCACGUCUGCAGACAGGUACCUUUCGAAUGAAUUGUUUGGACUGCCUGGAUCGCACUAAUAGCGUACAGUCCUUCAUUGCGCUAGAGAUCCUGCUUGCUCAGUUAGAAAGUCUUGGGCUGAACUCUAAAUCUAUAAUUGAACGCUUUGUGGAGUCCUACAAAGCAAUGUGGACUCUCAAUGGUCAUAAUCUGAGCAGAGUAUUUACUGGCAGUCGUGCCCUCGAGGGGAAGCACAAGGUUGGGAAGCUCAAGGAUGGAGCCCGCUCUGUGUCACGCACAAUUCAGUCAAAUUUUUUUGAUGCAGCAAAGCAGGAAGCUAUCAAUUUGCUGCUCAUGGGUGACUUCUUCAGGGAGGAAUAUGCUGACAAAGGCAAGAUGCUCAUGGACCACACUGCUCUACUAGUAACUCCAAGCAUUUUGAAGGCCAUGUCAGAGCGGCAGUUUGAGUUCACAAGCUUCAAGCGUGUGCGUGUUGCCAUGGGGACCUGGAACGUGAAUGGCGGAAAGCAGUUUCGGAGCAACAUCCUGGGUACCAGUGAGCUGACGGACUGGCUGCUGGAUUCCCCCAAGCUCUCUGGAGUUGCUGAGUUUCAGGAUGAUGAAAACUGCCCUCCUGACAUAUUUGCAGUGGGAUUUGAAGAGAUGGUUGAACUAAGUGCAGGGAAUAUUGUGAAUGCCAGUACAACAAAUAGAAAAAUGUGGGGAGAGCAGCUUCAGAAAGCUAUUUCAAGGACUCAUCGCUACAUUCAGCUGACAUCAGCACAGCUCGUUGGUGUUUGUCUUUUCAUCUUUGUUCGGCCUUUUCAUGUCCCCUUCAUCAGGGAUGUAGCAAUAGACACAGUGAAGACCGGAAUGGGAGGAAAAGCUGGAAAUAAAGGGGCAGUGAGCAUCCGAUUUCAGUUCUACAGUACCAGUUUCUGCUUCAUAUGCAGUCACUUAACAGCUGGGCAGACCCAGGUGAAGGAGAGGAAUGAAGAUUAUAAAGAAAUCACACAGAAACUCAGCUUUCCAAUGGGGCGGAACGUGUUCUCACAUGACUACGUCUUCUGGUGUGGCGAUUUUAACUAUCGUAUUGAUCUAACGUAUGAAGAAGUCUUUUAUUUUCUUAAACGGCAAGAUUGGAAAACACUUCUGGAAUUUGAUCAAUUACAACAGCAAAAAUCCAGUGGAAAAAUUUUUAAAGACUUUCAUGAAGGGACUAUUAAUUUUGGACCAACAUAUAAAUAUGAUGUUGGCUCAGAGGCGUACGAUACAAGCGAUAAGUGCAGAACCCCAGCCUGGACUGACAGAGUGCUUUGGUGGAGAAAAAAGCUUCCAUUUGAAAAAACAGCUGGAGAGAUCAAUCUUCUGGACAACGAUCUGAAUACAGACAUGAAAGUCAGGCACACCUGGACCCCUGGAGCCCUGAUGUACUACGGGAGAGCAGAGCUGCAGGCAUCUGACCACAGACCUGUGUUAGCUAUUGUAGAAGUAGAGGUUCAGGAAGUCAAUGAAGCCGCCCGUGAGAGCGUUUUCCAGGAAGUUUCAUCUUUCCAGGGACCCCUGGAUGCCACAGUAGUGGUAAAUCUGCUGUCACCUGUGCCUGAAGAGAAAAACGAAUUUCCUGAGGACUUGCGUACAGAGCUUAUGCAAAUGUUUGAGGAUUACGGCACUGUUGUUCUGGUCAGGAUCAGUGGGGGUCAAAUGCUGGUGACAUUUGCAGAGAGCAAGUCAGCUCUUCGCGUAAUGGAUAUAGAUGGUAUCAAGGUUAGAGGCAGAACGGUGAAGAUUCGGCCCAAGACCAAGGACUGGCUGAAAGGCUUUCAGGAGGAAAUUGCUCGGAAGCGGGACAGCAUUGCCCCUAUGUCACCCACAGCUAACUCCUGUCUACUGGAAGAAAAUUUUGAUUUCUCAACUUUGGACUAUGACUCGGAAGGUGAUAUAGUGGAGGAUGAGGAUGACUAUUUAGACGAUGCUUUGAGUCAGCACCUAGUGGCAGACACAACAGAUGAUUUGCCUGAUGCAUCUGGGCAUUUUCCAUCCACAGCACUUUCAAACAAACCUCCAUUGCUUCCUGCACAAAAAUCACGGCAAUAUAAAGAUGACACAGACCUGGCUGACCUGAAGCAGGAGCUGGAAGCAAGCAGGGACUGCCACCCGCGCUCUCCAAGCAGAUCUCUCUCUGUUCCUAACAGACCUCGGCCACUCCAGCCUCCACAGAGGCCUCCCCCUCCUGCUGGAACAUCAGGCAAAAAGUCCCCUUCAGAGGGUUCCCUCUCUCCAGGAAGCCAGCCUGCCUGCUCCAUCCUGGCAACAGCAAAGCUGCUACCUGGAGCCCCUCAGCAACCUCCUAAAGUCCGGACUGGAAUAAGCAAACCUUACAAUGUUAAGCAGAUCAAAACCACUACGGCUGAGGAAGCAAAAGAAGCUAUUAGAUGUCUUAUGGAAGCCAAAGGAGGGUUACAUGAAGAUGCACUAAAGUCUGCUCCAGCCAGAAACCAAACAUUCACUAAACCUGAACCUCCUCCCAGCAUCACAAAAUCACCACCCUUUCACAAACCUCAGGCAGAACCAGUGCUCGUGCCCCACCGCCCACCACCCAAAGUUCCAACUACAAAGAAGCUGCCAGUACCCCUGCAAAGGACUGGAGUCAGGGUGGAAAACGCCACGUUCACGGAGGAGCAGUGUGAGCAGCAGCCCGUGCGUUCCCCCCUCGCCUCGCCAGAGCCCUGCGCAGACUCCAGCGCUGUUCUUAGUCCUACCAAGGUUGCUCCAGUCCCUAAACCCAGAGCCUCGCAGCCGGGGAAGCCUCAGGAGAGCAGAGGAAGGGCCGAGCAGCGGCCCCCGCCGGCUGGGGGGGCUGUGGCCAACGCGGCGCCUCCCCAGGACACUGCCUUUGCACCAAAGGCACCACCACGGAGGAAGAAGUCGGCUCCCGCAGCGCUUCAUCUGCAAGUCCUCCAGAGCAGCGACAACCCACUGUUUAGAGGCUUGAUGCUCAGUUCCAACAGUAACAACAGUCCUGGGCUCUCCAUCCAGGCUCAGGACGCCGAUGUCCUUCCAGAUGCACCGGCGCAAUCUGCGCUCUUGGCUCCUGCCCACUGUGGCAACACGCUGGGCGCCGCCCAGGCAGUGGCUCCAAGCACCCCGGACGCGGCUGCCGGCCCUCAGGGCCCUCCUGCACCCCAGCCCCCAGGCACCGGCCCCUCCGCACAGAGCACCCAGCUGCUGGACCUGGACACAGAUUUUUCCUGCCCAUUUUCCAUACCGGCACCAUCAACGACUUCUCCCACACACACUCCAGAAGAUUCAAAACCCCCCAGCGCAAAGAACUUCAGUCACUGGGUUACAUUUAGCGAUGACGAAGACAGCAGUGCCCUGGCAGAGGGGUUCGACAAACUGCUCCUCUUCGAACAAAGCAAAAAUACCUCCAUGAACACAAAUGCUAAUUUAGAAUUGUAAAAUCUGCCUCCUUAAUGUUCCUGAGGAAAUCAUA